AAAACAUUAUAUUAAAAUUAUUUUUUCUACAUAUCUUUCUGUGCAAAUGCAUGCUGAAAGUUUGGAAUCUCUGUUUACUUUCACAUAUCAAAUGUAUAUAGUGUCAAUAUCAUACUACAACAGUUUCAUUAUAUAUAAUCUUUAAUCAAAUUUGGGAUUUUUUGGGAUUUCAAUUCUUUGUAUGUUUCAAAUUCUUUUGAACAAAAAGAAGAACAUUCUUUAGUGUUGUGUUUUUUCUGGACCCUUUGGGGAAUUUUGUUGUGAUACAAUGAGUUUUCUAACAGGAGCACCGAAAAAUUCAUGGCAACCAGCUAUGACAGUUGAUACAACAACAUCAAAUUACUGGUUGAAUUGGAGGGUUACAUUGUGUUCCAUUUGGAUUUUUGCUUCAAUGGUUUUUGCAUCUAUUCUCAUAACAAAGUAUGAAGGACCUCACGGUUCGAGAAAUAGGAGGAGAGAAGAGGAGAAAGACUCUCCUGGACUUUUGUAUGAAGAUGAAGUUUGGAAACCAUGUCUUAAAACUAUACAUCCUGGUUGGCUUCUUGGAUAUAGAGUCGUCGCGUUUUUAAUCCUCUUGUUAUUGUUAAUCAUGAAUGUUGUUGUUGAUGGAGGGGAACUCUUUUACUAUUAUACACAGUGGACAUUCACAUUGAUCACAAUUUAUUUUGGGCUUGGAUCUGUGCUCUCAAUGUAUGGAUGUUAUCAGUAUCACAAUAAAGUUGAUAAUGAGAGGCAAGAUAUUGAGUAUAGUUCGCGAAGAUUGUCUAUGAAUGUAGAAAGUAGCACUAGUUCAAAUGCUGCAAAACAGGCAAUGGGAAAUGCAGAACAGAGUUCUCGCCAAAUUGCUGAUUUCUGGGGAUAUGUUUUUCAGAUAAUUUUCCAGAUGAAUGCAGGAGCAGUAACGCUUACUGACUGCGUCUUCUGGUUCAUACUUGUUCCAUUUCUGACCAUAAGGGGUUAUAAUUUAAACUUUUGGAUAAUAAACAUGCAUUCGAUCAAUGUAGUGUUUCUACUUGGUGAUACAGCUCUCAACUCUUUGCGUUUCCCUUGGUUUCGAAUUGGAUAUUUCUUUCUGUGGACAGCAGUUUAUGUUGUUUUUCAAUGGGCAGUCCAUGCUUGUAUGUCAAUAUGGUGGCCUUAUCCAUUUCUUGAUCUGUCAUCUUCAUUUUCUCCUCUGUGGUAUUCAUCGGUGGCGGUGAUGCACAUACCAUGCUAUGGCAUUUUUGUUUUGGUCAUGAAGCUCAAACACCAUUUGUUAAAGAAAUGGUUUCCUCACUCUUAUCAGUGUGCAGGAUGAUGCUAAACAGGGAUUUUUAUGCCUUAAAGGCAGCUAACUGUCGAGGGAAAAUGAGAAAAGAUUACAAUAAAUAGCAGAAAAGGCAACAUGAGUUCAUUUUUUGAACAAUACAACAUUGGUAUUUGGUCCUUGUUUCCCCAGAAAAGGAAAAAAGGGUAACAAGUAAAGGAAACACAAUAGUAUUACUUUACGUAGCAAAAUAGCAGUAAAUAUACAAAAAGAGAUUAGAGGGAUAGAGUUUUGUGUUUGCAAGAUAUAUAUGUAGCCUAAAUAUGAAAAAAAAACCCAGAUAUCAAUAGUUCGUACAUAUAAUUUAUUGUUCAAUAUAUAUAUAUAUGCAACAUGUUUACACUCUCAUAUCAAAUACAAUGAACAUGCCGACAAUGAGAAAGCUGUAUAGAUAGUGAAUGGCUCAUUCUUCUGAUGAAGAUCUCCACUUUUCUAGUGGGUAAGUGGCAAUAUGUUGGGAAACAAAAAGCAUCUUCAGUCAAAACUGAACUGAUUAAAGGUGUGGAAUGUUACUAAUAUAACUUUUUCUAUUUUAUGAGAAACACCAAAAGAAAGCAUCAGAUAACUCUUUUUCAUGCCCCACAAAAGUGAAAUUAGUAAACCUCAUAAAUAAAGCAAGUUACAAGUAUAUUGAUAAGUGUAAAUACACACUUCCAGUGUAAAGUUAAAUCCUUGCUCAUUUCCUUGGUUUUACUCGUGUUAUCACAUAUAUGCAGACACCAACUACUCCAACGUCAAAGCCAAAACAAAAGGCAUAGACAAAAGAUAGAACAAAUUCCUCACUGCAUAGUGCAUACAGUAAAGACCAUCAUAAGUAGGAUAAGUUGCACUCUUCAAAUUCAUACAAACUAAAGUUAUGUCGUGAUGUGUUGGCAAAACCAAAGAAUGCUGAGCUUCUUGAACUUCACAAAAAGUAUAGUUAUAUCAGAAGUUUUGGCUGUUAUAGAAGAAAAUGAUCACUGAGAGAAGAAAAAAUCACCCUUGUUUCUGAAACAUUAUUACAAAAGAAUACAAGUCAAAUGAAGGAAAAUA